UAUAGCUCUUCAUAUGCGUCAUGACGGUGCGGUAAUAAUUAAUCAUGGUCAAAUGCAACGUGUUGUCCAGCCUGUUGGAAUUCAGGAGCAUAUUGCCGCUGCCCGGCCUGCUGAUGUAGUUCCUGGAAACAUGGUGCCUGUGGCUGUUAGAGCUGUGCCGGCCAGAGUAUUCGAAAACCUUGAAAUUGAGGAACCUGUUAAUAUGAACCGUGAUGACGGCGAAGCUGGCUACAUGAAUCCUGGAGUUGAGGAACCUGUUAACAUUAACCCUGGUGAGGGUGAGCCUGUUAACAUGAACCGUGAUGACGGCGAAGCUGGCGACAUGAACCCUGGAGACGAGGAACCUGUUAACAUUAACCCUGAAAACGCGGAAGCUGAUGACAUGAACUUUGGAGGUGAGGAAGCUGACGACAUGAAUCCUGGAGACGAACCUGUUGCUCGCCAGCCCGUGGCUUUAAACCAUUCAAGAGCUCGGCGAUUAAUCAACAAAAUCAAUCGCGAUAGCUCGAGUUCAACUGCGCACGGAUUGAUUUGCACAAUUCGUUUUAAUGAAGCACUAAGCUACAUCAUCAAAUCGUGCCAUCAUGCAUCCAUUGGAAAGCAGUGUGCUCUACAGCUAUUAAAGAAUUUCGUCGAAAAAAGAGAAGCUUUUCUUUUAUGCCCAUAUUGUCGUGCUCGCGUCACUAGUAUCGAUAUUUUAUAUUUUACCUUAUAA